GGCCGCGGCGCACCUUCCACAACACGCUGCUCUUCUCCUGGAGGAAGCGGGAGCCUCGCCGUGGACCUCGCCAGCCGGGGGCCGCGGAACAAGGCCCAGGGGCGUGGGCAGCACCCGGGCCUCUGGCCCCGCCUCAGCCCGGGCCCGAGAAUCAGGCGGGUCCUUGACCCGAACCUCAGCCUCAGGCUCUGCCUCCUUCCGGGUGCGGGCCCCGGCCCCCAGCCCCGCCCCCACGCCGGGCUCCGCCUCCGCCGCACUCAGACCCCAGCCGCAGCCGCAGCCCGGCCUCCGCGCCCGAGCCCGCGGCGUGCGCGCUGGGUUCCUGUGGCCGCGCCUUGGGGCUGCGCGCACGCGGGUCUGAAGGCCGACUUGGAGGCCCUUCUGGAGGCCAGGCUGGCCCGGCAGACACUGCGCGGGCAACAUGGCGGCGCCCAGCGAACGGGGGCGCUUCGGGGUCGGGAACCUCUUCUCCUUCCUGCCCGGCGGCGCGCGCUCCGAAGCAAUGGAGGACCUGGUGACGGAUGCGCGCGGCCGGGGCGCGGGACGGAGAGACUCCGCCGCCGCCUCGGCCCCAUCUCCAACCCUGGCACCGACCCCCGAACCUCAGGUCGCCGAGGACAGUUCCCGGAGACGGCACUGCCGUGCCUGCGUGGACUUCAAGUCAUGGAUGCGGACGCAGCAGAAGCGGGGCAGCAAAUUUAGGGAAGAUUGUCCUCAGGAUCGUGAGGAACUGGGCCGCCACAGCUGGGCCGUCCUCCACACACUGGCUGCCUACUACCCCGACCUGCCCACCCCAGAACAACAGCAAGACAUGGCCCAACUCAUACACUUAUUUUCCAAAUUUUACCCAUGUGAGGAAUGUGCAGAAGACAUAAGGAAGAGGAUAUGUAGGAACCAGCCAGACACGCGCACACGGGCAUCUUUCACCCAGUGGCUGUGCCGCCUGCACAACGAGGUGAACCGAAAGCUAGGCAAGCCGGCCUUCGACUGCUCCAAAGUGGAUGAGCGCUGGCGCGAUGGUUGGAAGGAUGGCUCCUGCGACUAGAGGGCGGGCGGCCAGCGAGAGCCCGUGGGGGCUGCCUGGCUAGAGAGGGGCAGGGCAAUCAUUAAAGUGCAUCGGAGCACUCUUUAAAGUGUGGCA